ACAUUUACCCAUAAACCAAGCUCUCUGCAACCAUUUCUCCACAACCAUGAAAAUGGAGACAUAUGAGUUUUGUUCCGCUACUACUCAUCCACUUCACUCUCAUCCUCCUUCGCCUUUUACUUCUAGUGUUACUGAGUUCGACAACAUCAUCGUCAACGAUCCUUAUCUCCAUCCUCUCCUACCAUUGAUCUAUGAACAAGACCCAGUCCAUUAUUUCCCUCCUCUUCCCCUCCAUCAUUCUCAACUCACUGAUCAAGACUUCUCCCUUUAUUCCUAUGAUACCCCAGACCCGGACAACAACAACAAUAGCCUCCCUGUUGUUACGCUUACCUCCACUCAUCUCCUUCAUGACCUCCGCCCUCUCCACCACCACCGUAUUCCCCUCCUCCCCGCCUCUCCCACCUCAUCAGCUCCCAAACCCAAACGCAGUCGUCUCGACUUAGCCCUCUCCCACUCCGACAACAACAACCCUCAAACCCUCGACUCCAUCGUGAAAAGCUUCAACGCUCCUGCUCCGAUCAUCCCAUACAGUGAUCUCGCCAGGAAGAGGAGACAAAAGCUCGGCGAGAAGACCCGUUGUCUCCAAAAGCUAAUGCCAUGGGACAAGAAGAUGGACACCGGCACGAUGCUCCAAGAGGCUUAUAAGUACGUCCGGUUCUUGCAAGCUCAAGUCUCGAUUCUCCAAUCGAUGCCCAUCACUUCCAGUUUCUCAUCGGCUCAACAUGUUAAUGCUGGUGGCUUUGCUGGGUUGGGUAAUUUGAACCGGCAACAGCUUUUGCAGGUCCUGAUCAACUCCCCCGUGGCGCAGACCAUGCUUUGUUCACAGGGUUUUUGCGUUUUUGCUUCUGAGCAGUUGGUUUCGCUUCACAAGGCGAAGGAGAGGAAAACGGAGCUCCAACAGUAUCUCCGUGGUAAUAUUAACUGAUGAAGGAAACGGAAGCCAUGAUAUAUAGUUCCAUAUAUAAUAGCAUAAUCAAUAAUGAUUUUACGGAUUCUCUUGGAACUUUUGUUACAUUUUCCAGGGUUCAUAUUAGCCUGAAAGCUUUAGUACCAGUUUUGUUAUAUAGAGCUUAAACCAAUGCAAGGAUUAAGGGGGUUUGAAG